UGAUUUUUAACAUGAUGAAAAGCCAGGCCACCUACGUAAAUCCAUCAUAAUUAAAACCCUACUUGAUUGCUGCGGCGGCGCGUUCUGUUCACUCCCCGUAACCGCGCGUGGAUAUUUCACUUUCGUCUCUGUGUAUAUAAAAAAAAAACGGACCAGAGCCCAUUGUACUCUCUCUAAGACGUACAUUAUUUUUGUUUCUUUCUCUCUCUAUAAGCACAGAACAGAGCGACUUUGCUCUCUCUCAUUUUUGUUUAUUUAUUUAUAUAUUUUAUUUUUUCGCUCUCGCAGUCCUCGAAUUCAGCCUUCGUAGCCAUGAAAACUCAGCUUCCGUAAAAACCCAGUGUCAAACUUUGAAGACCCAUUUUCUCAGGUUCGAGCUUUCACGUGGGUUUUGGCUAGUUUCUUGUUUUUUUUUCAUCUGAAGAGAUGGGCUCUGUUGAAAUGAAUGUUAUGGACUCCAACAAGGGUGUAUGUGUAUCUGCUGGGAACUCAGCUUCUACAGAAGUUUCUGAUGAAUAUGAUAUCUUUGGAGAAUCAGAGAUACUUCCAAGAGUUGGAAGUGAAUACCAGGUUGAGCUUCCCUCUCUAAUUACAGUAUCUGAAUAUUUAAGGCUUUCAAAUAGCCUUGCUGAGGCAGAAAUAACUUAUAGAGGUCCUCAAAAUAUUCUCACUGGAAUGCCUAUACCAGUCGUGUGGAUAAGUGAGAAAACUGCUGAGAACAAAGAUCUUGAAGAACAGGAAGCUUUUGAGGGUGUCAUAUGUGUACAUAUAUCAUCUGAACCUAAACUUGAGCCAUUAGAUGUCACUUCACUUAAUGGGACUAAAUUAGGUGAAUCAGAAGACUUGUUGCAAAACUAUGCAAAAGCUGAACUGCAGCCAGAACAUGGAGGACAAUGCCAGUUUCUAGUCCCUGGGGGCUUGGGUGACAUCUGGAGUAGGAUAGAGGAGGCUAGUUUUCUUCUUGGUUUGUAUAUCUUUGGUAAGAACCUUGUUGUGGUGAAGAGAUUCAUUGAGAGUAAGCAAAUGAGAGAAAUGUUGUCAUACUACUAUGGAAGAUUUUAUGGAUCUAAAAGAUACCGAAGAUGGUCAGAGUGUCGAAAAGCUAAAAGCAGAAGGUCUAUAUUUGGACAAAGAAUCUUCACCGGAUUAAGGCAUCAAGAAUUGUUGUCUCGUUUGCUUCUCCAUGUAUCAGAAGAAUGCCGGUUCAUUGUCCUGCAGAUCUCUAAGACAUAUGGGGAGGGAAAAAUUUCACUUGAACAAUAUGUGCUCACUUUAAAGGCUACAUUUGGGUUGCCUGCUCUUGUAGAGGCAGUGGGAGUUGGAAAAGGGAAGCAAGAUCUCACAGGAAUUGUCAUGGAUACUCCAAAAGCCAAUCAAAUUGCUCCUUUGCGCCCAGAAGUACCGAUGGGCAAAGCAUGUUCAGCACUUACCACCACAGAAAUCAUCAAAUUUUUAACUGGUGAUUUCCGGCUUAGUAAAGCUCGGUCAAGUGACCUAUUUUGGGAAGCAGUUUGGCCACGUUUGCUUGAAAGAGGGUGGCACUCUGAGGAGCCUUAUAAUCAUGGCUUCCCUGCUGGUUCCAAACAUUCUUUGGUCUUCCUUAUACCUGGCAUUAAGAAGUUCUCUAGAAGAAAACUAGUGAAGGGAGAUCACUAUUUUGAUUGUGUAAGUGAUGUCCUAAGUAAAGUUGCCUCAAAUCCUGAACUUAUAGAGAUUGAAUGCUACAGAACUAAGGAAGAAAAUGGAUGGACUGAUGAAACAAAAGUGGACCAAGAAGACGUUCUUAAUCAGCGACGCCAUUGUUAUCUAAAGCCGCGCACUUCCAGUCACAGUACCAAUGUCAUGAAGUUUACUGUUGUGGAUACAAGUUUGUCAAAUGGGAAAGCAUGUACAGUGAGGGAAGUUAGAUGCUUGCCAGGUGAAAAUAUGAACUCUCAUACCUCUCUAAGUGACUCUGAAGAAGAUGAUGGGGACAUUCUUGAUGAGUUAGGUGAUAAAUAUAGUUCUGCUGAUACCUUUGGUUUGAACAAGGAUCGGACUAAUGAUCUCAGAGCUACAAUGACCAAUUCAUGUAAAACAUUACCUUAUGGUGGCAAUGAUUUUGAAUAUGAUGUUUCCAAACAGAGUUAUUUGGUUCAUGGUGCCUGUUUAAAUACUUUGCCUGCACAUAAUUUCGAAGAUAAGGAGGCUGAAACACUUAAAGGCAUACAGCAAGACAAGGCUACAAAGUCCAAAUUUUUCCAGGAAAUGGUUUCUGCAAAUAUACACCCUUUAGUCCCAGUUGCAAAAAGACGCCGGAGAUUACCUCCUAGUCGCAAGGAGGUAACAUGCCUCAGCACAACCAACAGCAGGGUUGAUUUCAGAUUCCAACAAGAAGCCAAGAGCUGUAUAAACAGUUCUGAUUUUAGUGAAAGCAUUCCCACUCAUACGAAGUUACCAGGCACCCCUAUAACUACCACCAAUGGCAUUGCUAAUAGUAAUCUUUCGGCUGCUGAACAUCCUCUUGAGAAACCUCCACUUCGUGCACUCUUUGACUUGAACAUACCUCUCUCUCAUGAUGCUGAAAUCGAUAAUUUCAUGGUGGAUACAACAGAAGCACAAGAUUAUAAAACGAACAAGGAACUUGAUAAACCUCAAGAAGUGAAAUCCCCAGAAUGUGAGACUAAUUCUGAGCAGGAAGCAAAGGUGAGCUCCCGUAGACACAGUACAAGAAAUCGUCCUUUGACCACUAAAGUGCUGGAAGCUUUUGCUUGUGGAUAUAUGGACGCAAAACAGAAGAGAAAAGCAAAGGAUGCAAUUCCUGGGGAGAACUUGAGGUUGAGAACCCCAAGACGAGCUCGUGCCAGUGUGACACCUCCAGAGGGCUUGAAUUCCUUUACUUUGGAUUUCACUGUGAGGCAAAAUGGAAAUGCUAUCAGAAACAGUAAUGCUGAGGUUUUCAACAAUCCUGGAAAUGCUAUCAAAAACAGUAAUGCUGAGGUUUUCAACUAUCUUGGAAAUGACAUCAAUUUUAAAACUGGUUAGGAACUCAUUUUUUCUGGCUCACACACUAGAGCAUAGUGCUCUUGAAGAGAAACCGUUUCCUUUGGCUGGUGGCUGGCUAAAAUAACUCAUCACCCUCUUAGCUCAUGCAGCAUUUGGCACUGACACGUUCACAAAUGGAAUAUAUAGAGCACCUCUAGCUAUGAAAUACUGAGACUCAAAAAGGGAAGAUGGUAGUUCAAGUUAGUGUCCCUUAAAACCAAUAUUUUCAUGGUGGAGUUCGCCUUUUGCACAGGCAGAUCCUAAUUGCUAGAUGUAAUACAAAAACAACAGUUGUAAACCAAAACAUAGUUUGUCUAUUUCAUUACUUGCAUUCUGAACAAAGUUUCUGCACUAAUAUGCUGCAGUUGAUAGAGACUCAAGUUUAGUUCCAUUCUUAUUGGGGGACUAUUUUUUUUUCUUCUUAGCUACUAGUAGCUAGCUCUUGAGAAAUUCGUAAUAUGUCCUUUUAGUUGACAAAGCAAUACAGCAUAAAAGGCAAACAUAAAUUUGCCCCCCUU